AGUCGUACUAUCUCGUUGACCCAUGUGUUUACUCUACUUCUUAUACAUAUAUUCACACAAUGCACUUCAUCCAUUGAUUCAUGAGUUUCAGAAGAUGUAAAUUUUGAUCUUGAAUCAAACAUGACGUCAUCUUCAUCUUGGGUAUCUUCUGUUUCAUGUUCUUCAACUUCUGUCAUACCAGAAAACAUCUCAGGAGCUUCACUCAUACUUCAAUGGCUGAGAUUCAUCUUGUUCUCACCAUGCCCACAAAGAGCACUCUUAUCCACCGUUGAUCUCAUAUUCUUGUUCACCCUCUUUGUUUUUGCUGUUCAAAAACUCUAUUCAAGAUUCACCUCCAACACAUCUUCUGUUAAUGAACCUCUUAUUGCUAAAAAGAGAACCACUGUUACUACAAACAUUUGGUUUAAGUUGUCUCUGGUUGUUACAACCGUUUUAACUGUUUUGUCUACUGUUUCAUCAGUUUUGGGGUUCAUAGGAAACACACAGUCCCCAUGGAAGCAGAUAGAUGGAAUCUCUUGGUUGGUUCAAGCAGUUUCUUUCUUGGUUGUUACUGUUUUAAUCAUCCAUGAGAAGAAGUUUCAUGCUGUUACUCACCCGGUCUCGUUUCGUGUUUUCUGGGGAGUAAAUUUCAUUGUCAUUGCUUUGUUGGCUUCUUCCGGGAUCAUCCGGUUAGUUUCGGGUAGCGGAAAUGCUUCAUCGUUCGUAUCUGACGACGUUAUUUCGGUGGUAUCUUUACCGUUUUCGGUUUUCCUGCUCAUUGUUUCGGUAACCAGCUCGACUGGGAUCACAGUGACAACAGAAUCUGUAUCACUAAAUGGAAACGGUAAUGGUAAAGUAUCCGAUGAUGAUGAGUUGCAUAAGUCAUCUAAUGUAAGUGGAUGGGCGUCGGCUUCAAUCGUGUCGAAAUUCUUCUGGAUAUGGAUGAAUCCGUUGUUGACGAAAGGGUACCGAACGCCUCUGAAAAUCGAAGACAUCCCGACGCUUUCUCCAGAGCAUCGGGCGGAGAAAAUGUCUAAGCUUUUUGAAGAAAAGUGGCCUAAAGAUCAUGAAAACUCAAAACAUCCUGUUCGAGCCACGCUGAUUCGGUGUUUUUGGAAACAUGCCGCCUUCAACGCGUUCCUUGCAAUAGUUAGGCUCUCGGUUAUGUACGUGGGACCGUUGUUGAUCCAAAGAUUUGUGGAUUACACUUCGGGAAAGAGAACAUCGGCAUAUGAGGGGUAUUACUUGAUACUAACCCUUCUUGUUGCAAAAUUUGUUGAAGUUUUGUCAUCCCACCAGUUCAAUUUCCAUUCCCAGAAGCUUGGAAUGUUGAUCCGGUCGACGCUGAUAACUUCAUUGUACAAAAAGGGGCUACGCCUCUCGUGUUCAGCUCGACAAUCACAUGGUGUGGGACAGAUAGUAAACUACAUGGCUGUAGAUGCUCAACAGCUCUCUGAUAUGAUGCUUCAUUUGCAUGCUAUUUGGCUUAUGCCCCUCCAAGUUUCUGUGGCAUUAAGUAUUCUUUAUACAUGCAUUGGCCUGUCAACUGUGGUCGCGUUGAUUGGACUCUUACUGGUUAUGAUCUAUGUGAUUUUCGGUACUAGAAGGAACAACAGGUUCCAGUUCAAUAUAAUGCAAAAUCGCGACUUGAGGAUGAAAGCAACAAAUGAGAUGCUUAACUACAUGAGGGUGAUCAAGUUCCAAGCAUGGGAGGAACAUUUCAACAAGAGGAUUCAAGCGUUUCGUGAGUCUGAAUACGGGUGGCUUGCCAAAUUCAUGAUCUCCAUUGGUGGAAACAUGAUCGUCUUAUGGAGUACCCCUUUGUUUAUUUCUUCGCUCACAUUUGGGAGCGCGAUAUUUCUUGGUGUCCCACUUGAUGCAGGGACAGUUUUCACUGCCAUGUCUUUGUUCAAGAACUUGCAAGAGCCGAUCCGUACAUUCCCUCAGUCCAUGAUAGCCCUGUCACAGGCCAUGAUCUCGUUGGGAAGAUUGGACGGGUUCAUGCUGAGUAAGGAGCUCGAUGAGGGAGCAGUGGAGAGGCAGGAGGCUUGCAGUGGCAGCAUGGCGGUUGAGGUCAGAGAUGGGUCUUUUAGCUGGGAUGAUGAAGUUGCUGAUGGUCCUGUAGUCAAGAAUUUGAACUUUGAGAUCAAGAAAGGUGAACUUGCAGCAAUUGUUGGAACUGUGGGGUCCGGGAAGUCGUCUCUUCUUUCAUCCGUUAUUGGUGAAAUGCACAAAAUCUCCGGAAAGGUGAGGGUAUGUGGGAGCACCGCAUAUGUUGCACAAACGGCAUGGAUUCAAAAUGGGACGAUCCAAGAGAACAUUUUGUUUGGUUUGCCAAUGGACAGACAGAAAUACAAGGAAGUAAUAAAAAACUGUUGCUUGGAGAAAGACUUGGAAAUGAUGGAAUUUGGAGAUCAAACCGAGAUCGGAGAGCGUGGGAUUAAUCUCAGUGGUGGUCAGAAGCAGAGGAUUCAACUUGCACGCGCUGUUUAUCAAGAUUGUGACAUUUAUCUUCUUGAUGAUGUGUUUAGCGCCGUUGAUGCUCACACGGGUUCAGAAAUAUUCAAGGAGUGUGUGAGGGGAGCCCUUAGAAACAAAACUAUCUUGUUGGUUACUCACCAAGUCGAUUUCCUCCAUAAUGUUGAUCUGAUCUUAGUUAUGCGAGAUGGGAUGAUUGUUCAAUCAGGAAAGUAUGAUGAACUACUAGAAUCUGGUAUGGAUUUCAAAAAUUUAGUUUCCGCUCAUGAGACCUCCAUGCAGCUAGUUGAAAUGGAGCCUACUACAUCAGAUAACAUCUCCCCUAGACCUCUUCAAAAAUCUCCAAGUCUACAUCCUCGGGAAGAAGAUCAAAAGGCGUUAGAACGAUCCAAAUCGAGUUCUAUCAUAGGAACAUCAAAGCUAAUCAAAGAAGAGGAGAGGGAAACAGGAAGAAUCAGCUUAGGUGUCUAUAAGGUUUAUGUCACUGAGGCGUUCGGAUGGUGGGGUGUGCUUAUUGUUUUGUUGUUCUCAUUACUGUGGCAAGCCGCACAGAUGUCAAGUGAUUACUGGUUGGCAUAUGAAACUUCUGAUGAUCGCGCCGCCUCCUUCAACCCUUCACUGUUUAUAGAAGUUUAUACAGCUAUAGCCGGUGUUUCGUUCCUUAUGGUAUUUGGUAGAGUUAUUUCUUCAACAGUCCUUGGGCUUCAAACUUGUCAGAUUUUCUUUAAGAAGAUUCUUAACAGCAUACUUCAUGCUCCAAUGUCAUUUUUCGACACUACACCUUCUGGAAGGAUCCUUAGUAGGGCAUCGAGUGAUCAAACCAACAUCGACAUAUUCCUUCCUUUCACAACAGCCCUGACUCUUUCUAUGUACAUAACAUUAAUUGGCAUUAUUAUAAUCACUUGUCAGUACGCAUGGCCAACUGUGUUCUUACUGAUUCCACUCGGUUGGCUCAAUAUCUGGUACCGGGGGUUCUUUCUUGCAACAUCUCGUGAAAUAACACGACUUGACUCGAUCACAAAAGCGCCCGUUAUUCACCAUUUCUCAGAGAGUAUCUCAGGCGUUAUGACGAUAAGGUGUUUUAGGAAGCAGGACAGAUUUGUUCAAGAAAAUGUUGAUCGUGUGAACGGAAAUCUGCGAAAUGAUUUCCACAACAACGCAUCGAAUGAGUGGUUAGGAUUUCGUUUGGAGUUCAUUGGAAGCUUAUUUCUAUGUAUUUCCACUACUUUCAUGAUCCUCUUGCCUAGUAGCAUUGUUAAACCAGAAAAUGUUGGAUUAUCACUCUCGUACGGAUUGUCACUCAACGGAGCAUUGUUUUGGGCUAUAUACAUGAGCUGUUUUGUAGAAAACCGGAUGGUUUCUGUUGAAAGAAUUAAACAGUUCACUAACAUACCUUCAGAAGCCGAAUGGGUGAAAAAAAACAACACCCCUCCUUCAAAGUGGCCUUCUCAUGGCAAUGUAGAGCUCAAAGAUUUGCAGGUUAGAUAUCGUCCAAACACGCCUUUAGUGAUCAAAGGGAUCACCCUAAGCAUAAAAGGAGGUGAAAAGAUUGGUGUGGUUGGUAGAACUGGUGGUGGGAAAUCAACUCUGAUCCAAGUUCUGUUUAGGUUGGUGGAGCCAUCUGGUGGAAGUAUAACCAUUGAUGGCAUCAACAUCUCGACCCUCGGAUUGCAUGAUCUCAGGUCACGGUUUGGGAUCAUUCCUCAAGAACCCAUCCUAUUUGAAGGCACUGUCAGAAGCAAUAUUGACCCCAUUGGUCAACAUUCCGAUGAAGAAAUCUGGAGGAGUCUUGAACGAUGCCAGCUUAACGAUGUUGUCGCUUCAAAACCUGGUAAACUAGAUUCUGCAGUUGUUGAUAAUGGCGAUAACUGGAGCGUGGGACAACGACAACUUCUAUGUUUAGGAAGAGUGAUGCUAAAGCAUAGCAGGCUGUUGUUCAUGGACGAAGCAACGGCUUCUGUGGAUUCACAAACAGAUGCUGUAAUUCAGAAGAUCAUACGCGAGGACUUUGCUGACUGUACCAUCAUCAGCAUUGCUCACAGAAUACCAACCGUUAUGGACUGUGAUCGUGUUCUAGUCAUUGAUGCAGGUUAUGCUAAAGAAUUUGAUAAACCUUCACGGCUGAUUGAGAGACCUUCGCUGUUUGGCGCAUUGGUUCAGGAGUAUGCAAACCGGUCUGCAGGGUUAUGAACCGUUACAUAUAGAGUUUAAUGUCUAUUAUAGUUAUUAUUAUUUGAUUUAUCAUUUAUAUUUUAGUUUGUUUGUCGGCCAUUAUUAUAUCUUUAGUUUCAAUAUUUGGAUAAUCAUUGACGCUUUAUCAAUUGUACUGGAAUCAAAUGAAACCACCUUUAUCGUG